GUGCUCCUUUUCGUUACUAGAAUCCAAAUAUAGAAAAAUGAGGAGUAAUUAUACAAAAAGUUUUGAUUUUUAAAGAUUCAGAGAGAGAAGAAUCUCCUCUCCACCUAUUCGACUUUGAUCUGCGAUUCCGAUUUCGGAGGAGCGAUGGCUGCCGGAUCCGUGGCCUUCGCCGGCCUAGAGGUGGCGCUCCGCCCCGCCCCGCCCUGCCGGAGGCCCCCGAUCCAGCUCGGCAGCUCCUUUCUCCACUCUCGGCGGCCGUGGCGCCGCCGCCGCUUGCCGGCGCUGGCGAAGAAGUCGCAGCAGCAGCAGAAGGGGUGUAGGCGGAAGGGCGACCUCCUCGUGGUGGUGGAUGAGCUCGGGGGGCAGUACGAGGAGGGGUUCGAGGACGUUCACUCGCAAUUGAUUAAUUUCUUCACUUACAAAGCAACAAGGACUGUGCUCCACCAGCUGUAUGAAAUGAACCCUCCAAGUUACAUGUGGUUAUAUAAUUUUCUCGUGAACAAUAAUCCUACUGAUGGUAAACGCUUUCUCCGUAUUUUGGCAAAGGAGAAGCAAGAUUUAGCAGAAAGAGUGAUGAUAACACGCCUUCAUCUGUAUGGCAAAUGGAUUAAGAAAUGUGACCAUGCAAAAAUGUAUCAGAGGAUUUCUGAUGAGAACCUACAGCUGAUGCGCGAACGACUGAUGGAAACAGUGGUUUGGCCGAAAGAUGAUCCAAACAUGGAAGAAACGGGCUACGAAUAAACUGUAUCAUCCAAAGUAGAAAUGUAAUCAAACUAGACUAGAAGUGGUAAGGAAAGAAGCUGUUGCAAUUUGAAUGAACAACUGUUCUCCCUAAUGUGAUUAUGAAUGAAUAGGAUUACAACCGAUAUGGUUUCAGAAA